GAGGGAGAGUUGCGGACGACGACUUCUCUUCAGUGAGCACCGUCGGAUUGGAGCGCAACACAUUUGGAUGCAUGAUGAUGAUAUGAAAAGUGAAAGGGCAGACAAAGAUCGAGCAAUGAUGUCAUUGCUCAGCACCGCGGGGGCGCGACUCCGCAGGGCAGCGGAAGAGGAAAGCAAAGAGCCCCCGCCGCCCUCGCAUCACUCCAACCAUCAGUUUGCAAGCAUGAAGAACAAGUUCUUCAACGAGCUCACACACUUGGCCAUGCCCAUGUGGGCAGUGGGCGCCAUUGUGGUGGUCGUCCUCGCCCUCGUUGCCUGUAUGGGAUUCUGCAUCUACAAGAAGUGCAUCCACAAGAGCAAGAAGCCCAAGAAGGUGAGAGAGAGGAGGGCCGGGCGAGGAUGCAAGAAGAAGGAAAAGGAAGGAGAGGAGGGAGAGGAAAAGAAGGAAGGAGAGGAAGGGAAAGAAGAGGAGGAGAAAGAGAACUUUGGCAAACUGGAGUACACGUUGGACUACAACUUCACCGAUAACCAGCUGAUCGUGGGGAUCCUGCAGGCUCAGGACCUGGCAGCCAUGGACAUGGGCGGAACUUCAGACCCGUACGUUAAAGUCUACAUGCUGCCUGACAAGAAGAAAAAGUUUGAGACCAAAGUCCAGCGCAAGAACCUCUGCCCUGUUUUCAACGAGACCUUCAUCUUCAAGAUACCCUACACAGAGUUGGGCGGUCAGACGCUGGUGCUUCAGGUUUUCGACUUCGACCGCUUCGGCAAACAUGACGUCAUCGGUCAGAUCAAAAUUCCCAUGAACACCGUGGACCUCGGACAACCGAUGCACGAAUGGAGGGAUCUGAUCGGAGGAGAGAAAGAGGAGCAAGAGAAGCUCGGAGACAUCUGCAUUUCCCUUCGCUACGUCCCCACGGCUGGCAAGCUAACCGUUAACGUCAUGGAAGCCAAGAACUUGAAGAAGAUGGAUGUCGGAGGACUGUCGGAUCCCUUUGUGAAAGUGGUGCUCCAGCACAACGGGAAGCGCCUGAAGAAGAAGAAGACGUCAGUGAAGCAAAACACUCUGAAUCCAUACUUCAAUGAGAGCUUCAGCUUCGAGAUUCCCUUCUCCCAGAUCCAGAAAGUCCAGGUGAUCAUCACAGUGUACGACUACGACAAACUGGGAAGUAACGACCCCAUCGGCAAGUGCUGGAUCGGUUACGGCGCCUCGGGCGUCGGACUGCGCCACUGGUCCGACAUGUUGGCCAAUCCGCGUCGUCCGGUGGCUCAGUGGCACGUGCUGCUGCCGGAGGAGGAGGUGGACGCCGCGCUCAAGGCUCCCGUCCGCUAAGCCCGACCUGCGAGACCGCACGUUGACACCGACUCAUUGAUGUACAGUGGCUUGCAAAAGUAUGUCGAACGUUUUUGUCACGUUACAACCGCAAACACAAAUGUCAUUUAUUGAGAUUUCAUGCUCAUUGUUCUUUUAGUGACAGAUACUUUGGUUGGAAACAGACUUUAAGUCUUCCAAGCCACAUUUCAGUGUGGGGAACAAAAAACACACACGCUUUACAAUGGUUGACAUUUGACAAAGACAACCUUGGACGUACUUUGGUCCGCAGAGCUGCACGUCCUUGUUCGUGUAAUACCCGUGUUGAUUUUGUCAAGGCGGGAAUGUGUGACUCGGCAUCAUUUUAGUAUUGUGAAUUUGUUAAGUAUAUUUUGAUAAGGUAGUGUGUUUUGAAGAAAUGCAACAACACCUUUGUACCGUGAUUAUUUCGUCUUUGCAAAAGAGUUGUAGCUUUUUUGUGUGUGCGUGUAUUGUUAAAACAAAUGUGUGAAUUUACAAGUCAAAAUACAGAGGGGUGGUGACAACUCCUUGGAAAUAGGAGACGAGACAAAACUGCAUCGGCGCAAUUUCAUAGUCUCACUUUUCAGGUUGUAUGAUGUAUGACCGCCCUGCGCGGAAAAGUGUUGAGUUACAUAUUUUUAUGGUUUCCUGACCGUUUCUCUUUCUUUGUGCGUGAACAAGAAAAUAUAUGUGAUCGUGUGGCGCAUGUGUAAUGUGAUAUAGACGUAAGUAAAACAUUAAUAAAUGGAAUAUUUCGGACAAAUCCAGUGACAGACGGUUCUGUGGAUUUACUCCCGAGCUCAUUUACACACACAUU